AAACGCCAGUGGGAAUUGAUUCGAGGUGAUAAAAGCAAGGGUGUAAAUUGACUGUUUCGAAAAGUAAGGGCGAAGAAAGUGAAUCUCCAGAUUGUUUAAUGACUUAGAAAGCAAAAGAGACAAAACAGGAUCAAAUUCUGAUUCCGAUUCAAUUCUCCUUCUUCUUCUUCUUCCUUCGCCGUUCUUCUGAUUUUUUUUUUCACUCAUCUGCUCGAAAGGUCCCUCUCUCUCUUUGUCUCUGUCUCUGUCUCUGUCUCUUUAAUCAUUUGAAAUUGAAAUCCACUUGUCUUCUCCUCCUGCUUCUAUUUUAAGCUGUUCCUAUUGGUUGUGAACCAUUCAUUUCGAUUUGAGAUUUAGUGAAAGCAAUAUAAACUUUCUUUUUUAAAUUCGACGUGUCAAGAAAAGGUUGAUUAUUUACUUGAUUAUUUGUGAUAUCUGUUUAAAGUUGUUGUCUUUUAAUCAGGGCAGUGCUUGAGAAUCAUUUGAAGAAGGUGAUUUGAUUGGUCUAUGUUGUUGCCCUUUUGUAAUAAUAAUAUAUCUGGUGGAACUGGGAACAGACGCUGCCCAUUUAUCAAAGUUCAAACCUUUUAUUUGAGCUUGGGGGAAGUAUUGUAACAUGCCGUAUUAUAUUCAGAGACUUUUCAAUACUUGCAAGGCAUCUCUGUCUACUAAUGGACCUGUGUCUGAGGAGGCCUUAGACAAGGUUCGCAACAUGUUGGAGAAAAUCAAGCCGUCUGAUGUUGGUCUCGAACAGGAAGCUCAGUUAGUGCGUAACUGGUCUGGUCCUGGGAACGAUCGUAAUGGAAACCAUAACUCUCUCCCAGCCAUUAAAUACCUUCACUUACAUGAGUGUGACAGCUUCUCGAUUGGAAUUUUCUGCAUGCCACCUUCGUCUAUCAUACCACUCCAUAAUCAUCCAGGCAUGACAGUGGUAAGCAAGCUAGUCUACGGCUCAAUGCACGUGAAGUCAUAUGAUUGGGUUGAGCCUGAUCCAUCAGAGCUAGACGAUCCAUUACAAGCAAGACCUGCAAAGCUUGUCAAGGAUACUGACAUGACGGCUCCUUGCCCAGCCACCACACUGUAUCCAACAACCGGCGGGAACAUCCAUUGUUUCAAAGCCAUUACUCAUUGUGCAAUCUUCGAUAUCUUAUCUCCUCCCUACUCUCCUACUCAUGGAAGACACUGCAACUACUUCCGCAAAUCCCCAAUACGUGACUUGCCUGGUGAGAUUGAAGUGAUGAAUGGAGAAGUGAUAUCAAAUGUGACAUGGCUUGAAGAGUAUCAGCCUCCAGAUAACUUUGUGAUAUGGAAAGUUCCUUACAGAGGUCCUGUGAUUAGGAAAUGAGACUACAAAAAGGAGCAGAAAGAAUGAGAAGAAGCUUAUCAUCAGGAGAAUAAAAUUUGGUCAACCAUUCAGAAGGCCUUGUGGUCAAGAAGUUCUCAGUGACCAGUUUCAGCCUAUUUCAUUAUAUGAUAAAAUGUUAUACUACUACAUACAUCUUUACUAUCACUUUUACUAGUUCAAUAUGAUAAAUUUUUUUUGUUAGAACAAUUGCUCACAAACAAUGUAUUUUAGUUUCAUAAAUUUUUAGUUCCACCUA